CUUCAUAGCAACCAAACCACUGAGAGGAAAAGUUGAGAUUCUUUUGUUUUUUAAUCGAUAUUAUGCAGAAGAUGACGACUCUCUUUCAUAAAGACAGAAGCUUUACUUUGACUUAAAAAUGCAAAACACAAAAGUGAUUAAGCCCAAACCUGUGGAGGCAACAAGAAGAACCCUGCAGAGACCAGAACCGGUGCAGGUUCGGCCGGUUCACAGUGAAACACUCAGAGUACCGGCCGUGCGUAAAAGCCGCGCGUCAAGCUCCACCAGGUGUCCGGACAGGUGUGAGGGGCGACCCGGAGCGAGCUGUGAAAGGAUGAGAACCAGGUCCAGUUCCACCGGCCCCAUAACCACCAGGACCACCAGAACCAACAAAACCACCAAAACCACCACACACUGGACCAGAACCAACCCGGACUGUCGGAGGACGACGACCAGCUCUGUGAAACAAGCUGCUGUUAAACCAACAUGUCCAGGUCAGGGGGAGCAGCAGGGAGUCACUGAGACCAGACAGGCAGGUCAGAGUCAGAGUAACAAAGCUUUCACCGUCAUCCCCCCAAACCUCAAGAAAAGAAGAGAGAUCCAGAGAAAGGCGGAGGCGGAGCUCGCCGCUUUAGAGGAGCUUCGGCUGAGCAGAGCGAUGGCUUACGUCUCCAUUAACCCCAGCAGUGUUGGAGGCUGUAUGAGUCUAGAGGAAGUACGGUUGAAGCAGCAGCAGGAAAUGAUGCAAGCCAAGAGGAAACCAAAACCAGUCUGACAACUUAGAACUCAUUUACAUUCAUUUUUUUUACAUUAAACUUCAGCUGAGUUUAAAAAACA